AUGCAAGAGGUCAGGCUACCUGCAGACGAGAUGCUUGAUGCGACCGAUGCAGUUGUUUCAGCCGUCGUCGCACAAAAAGUUGGCCUACGUGCAGAUGAGCUAGAAGCCAUCAACACAGGAACCAACAGUGGGAAUGGGCAAGGAACUCACGGAUUUGCUACAGAUCUCAACAUACCCACUGCCUCUGCAAACUCGGACCUGAGAAGCCUACGAGAAGGUUUGAGGAACACCAGUAAACGAAAGCUUGUGAGAGUGUGUGAUUGCGGCAAGAGUAUAGACGAAGUUGAGGCUGACGACGAAAGCAGAAUAAUUAUCUGCAGACGAAAAGGCUGUGAGACAUUGUGGUACCAUCUUUCGUGCGUUGGACUGGAUUGUGGUGUCAACAACUGGGUUUGUGACCCAUGCAAGAGCAUAGAAAAAAGCAGAGGAAGGGGCGGCAAACGAAGGCGCGCAGUGUAG